ACGGUAUAAAAAGUGAGACAUUGCCUGAACACUUGCCUGCUACGUGAGAGGCCCUGUUUUGGGAGAUGUGUCUGCUCUACACUUUCCUUGCUCUGCUCUCUCUCUGCUAUGGUUUCGAUCCUCGCUGUCCUGGACGAUGCAGCUGUGACUCAGAGCAGUCGGUGCAAUGCUACAGGCUAAUGGAGGUGCCAUCGGGCAUUCCUUCCACCACCAGGAAGCUCUACAUCAGCCAUAGCAAAAUUCAACACCUUCAGCUAUCUAACUUUACCCAAAUGUUAGCUCUAGAAGAUUUUCUUCUGCUGGCCAGUGGAACAGAGUCAGUAGAAAACGACACUUUCAAAACUCUGAGUACUUUGAAGACCUUGGAACUUUGGAAAAAUAAGUUAAGACGGGUCCCCCGUGCUCUCCCGGCCAGUCUUGAAGUGUUAAAACUAAAUGAUAAUUCAAUAUAUGUCCUUCACGGAUCUGAUUUUGAAGGACUGAAGAAAUUAAAAAUCCUUGAACUGAAAAACAAUCUGAUCUCUUCUGUCUCUCCCAAUAUGCUCUCCUCCCUUGUCAGUCUGCAAAGCUUGAUGUUAGACGCCAACAACAUCGAGAAUGUGGAGGGACCGCUGGCACUUCCCCAUCUGAAACAUCUGAGCAUGGAGAAUAACAAGCUACAUCUCAUACCAGCUAGCUUCUUCACUUCCCUUCAGUCUCUGCAAUUUCUCAGUUUCAGUAGUAACUUUCUGACUAAAAUUCCUAUUAACCUCCCCAAAUCUUUGCUCUCUUUAAAAAUGGAGAGAAACCGGCUCAAAGCGGUGAGGUUUCGAGAUAUGAAACACUUAGAGAAUCUUUCCCACCUUUACCUGUCAGAAAACUCACUCUCUUCCAUCGAGGGGGCACAGCUCCUUGCCAAUUUAACCACCCUUGAGGUGUCCCAAAACCAACUUCAGACGUUGCCCCUCCGACUACCAGCCCGGCUACAAAAGCUGGAUAUCAGCAAUAAUCUGAUUCGGAAAGUUACGGCGCAAGAGUUCCGGGACCUCCGAGAUUUGAAACACUUGUUUCUGGACAACAACAUUGUCAGCUUGUUUGAAGCUGGAGCCCUGCAGAAGUGUUCCCAGCUCUCCAAUUUGGCCUUGGAGCAGAACCUACUCCUGUCUAUACCUCUGCGGCUCCCAGGAACCUUAGCCAGGCUGGACCUAAAAGGCAAUGCCAUCCAGGACAUUGCUGAGAGGGAGGUCAAGGAUCUGAAGCAGCUUCAGGUUCUAAACCUCAGGAACAACAAGCUUUCCGCUUUAGACCUCAAAGCCCUGGAGGUGCUGCCUCGCCUCCGGCACCUGUAUCUGGAUGGAAAUCCGUGGAAUUGCACCUGCAGCCUCCUGAGAGCCAGAGAGGUCCUGAAGGCCAAGGGCACAGAUGUGAGGGGAGGACAGUGUGUGGCACCAGCUGAACGACAAGGGGAGAGCUGGAUGUCUUCCAAGAAGAUCAUGAAGCAAUGUGAGCAUCACUUACAUCUGACCGAGAAAAGCAAAGAGACCAAAAAGAAACCAAAGCUGGAGGAGCACGCCAGCAUCAGAAUCAAUGUGGAUGAUGAUUACUAUGAUUAUGAGAUAGAUUAAGGAUGAGCUUUGUUUGCAGUUUAGGAAAAGGUUUUGUUUCUUUCUUUCUUAAAAGUAGACCUCAUUUUUAGAGCAGUUUUAGGUUCAUAGCAGAAUCGAGAGCAAAGUAUAGAGAUUUCCUGUAUACCCCCUCCCCCUACACAAACAUAGCCUCCCGCAUUACUACAUGUCCCACCAGACGCGGAACAUUUAUUACAGUUGAUGAACCUGUAUCAGCGCAUCAUAAUCACCUAAAGUCCACAGUUUACGUUGGGGUUCUCUUUUGGUGUUGUACAUACCAUCAGUCAGUUCAGUUGCUCAGUCGUGUCCAACUCUGUGCAACCCCAUGGACUGCAACACGCCAGGCCUCCCUGUCCAUCACCAAUUCCCAGUUUACUCAAACUCAUGUCCAUUGAGUCAGUGAUGCCAUCCAACCAUCUCAUCCUCUGUCAUCCCCUUCUUCUCCCACCUUCAAUCUUUCCCAGCAUCAGGGUCUUUUCCAAUGAGUCAGUUUUUCUCUUGAGAGAAGACCUUUUUUGAGAGUUCAAAAGUAUCAGUUCUUCUGUACAUACUAUGGGUUUGGACAAAUAUGUAAUGACAUGUAUUCACCAUUAUAGUAUCACACAUAGUAGUUUCACUGCCCUAAAAGUCCUCUUUGCUCCACAAAAAAUGCUUUUUAAUGUUCAAUCUCUUAAGCAGAAAUAUAUAAUACAUUUAGAGAUGCAAUAUUUUUAAAUAAGUUUUUCUUUUUUUUUAAUGAAUGAAAUGACAGUUAAGAUAAGUUGAAAUGACAGUUAAGAUAAGUUGAGGUGGGAGGAGUAACGUAGAAAAGAAGGUAUAAAUUCCUACCAUGUUAAAAAUAAUUUGUGUUUUAUUCUGAAACCUAGACAAACAGUAAUGCCCAAUAAAACCGCCAUCUAACUUCCUGCAAAUUGAGCAGAUUGUUUUAUCAAAUAAAAAGUGAUGAUUUCAUAUAUGAAGCUGGUACCUAAA